AUGAUCAAAACUGUGAUAUGUUUCUUAUUUGUUCAUUUAGGAAACCCUGAUGCUGCAGAGUUUCGCCAAAAACACAAGACUCGCCUAAAGAGGAAGUUCCAGUGUGUGUUUGAGGGGAUCGCUAAAGCAGGAAACCCAACCCUUCUGAAUCAGAUCUACACAGAGCUCUACAUCACAGAGGGAGGGACUUCAGAUGUGAAUGAUGAACAUGAGGUCAGACAGACUGAAACAGCAUCCAGGAAACCAAACAGACCAGAAACGAUAAUCAGACAAGAAGACAUCUUUACAGUCUCACCUGGAAGAGAUGAACCAAUCAGAACAGUGCUGACAAAGGGAGUGGCUGGCAUUGGGAAAACAGUCCUAACACAGAAGUUCACUUUGGACUGGGCUGAAGACAAAGCCAACCAGGACAUCAAUUUCAUGUUUCCAUUCACUUUCAGAGAGUUGAAUGUGCUGAAAAAGGAAAAGUUCAGCUUGGUGGAACUUGUUCAUCACUUCUUUACUGAAACCAAAGAAGCAGGAAUCUGCAGCUUUGAAGACUUCCAGGUUGUGUUCAUCUUUGAUGGUCUGGAUGAGUGUCGACUUCCUCUGGACUUCCACAAAACUACAAUUUUGACUGAUGUUACAGAGUCCACCUCAGUGGAUGUGCUGCUGAUAAACCUCAUCAGGGGGAAACUGCUUCCUUCUGCCCGCAUCUGGAUAACCACACGACCUGCAGCGGCCAAUCAGAUCCCUCCUUCAUGUGUUGACAUGGUGACAGAGGUAAGAGGGUUCACUAACCCACAGAAGGAGGAGUAUUUCAGGAAGAGAUUCAGAGAUAAGAAGCAGGUAACCAAGAUCUUCUCCCACAUCAAGUCAUCACGAAGCCUCCACAUCAUGUGCCACAUCCCAGUUUUCUGCUGGAUCACUGCUACAGUUCUGGAGGAUGUGCUGAAAACCAGUGAGGAAGGUGAGUUGCCCAAGACCCUGACUGAGAUGUACAUCCACUUCCUGGUGCUUCAAACCAAAGUGAAGAUGGUCAAGUAUGAUGGAGGAGCUGAGACAGAUCCACACUGGAGUCUAGAGAGCAGGAAGAUUAUUGAAUCUCUGGGAAAACUGGCUUUUGAUCAGCUGCAGAAAGGAAAUCUGAUCUUCUAUGAAUCAGACCUGACAGAGUGUGGUAUUGACAUCAGAGCAGCCUCAUUGUACUCAGGAGUGUUCACACAGAUCUUUAAAGAAGAGAGAGGACUGUACCAGGACAAGGCGUUCUGCUUCAUCCAUCUGAGUGUUCAGGAGUUUCUGGCUGCUCUUCAUGUCCAUCUGACCUUCAUCAACUCUGGAGUCAACCUGCUGGAAGAUCAACAGGCAACAUCUUAUUCGCCUGAAGUGUUUACAGAAAUACAUGAACUAAAAUAUCUCUACCAGAGUGCUGUGGAUAAGGCCUUGGAGAGUCCAAAUGGACACCUGGACUUGUUCCUCCGCUUCCUCCUGGGUCUUUCACUGCAGACCAAUCAGACUCUCCUACGAGGCUUGCUGACACAGACGGGAAGUAACUCACAGGACACAGCCCAGUACAUCAAGAAGAAUCUUUCUGCAGAGAAAAGCAUUAAUCUGUUCCAUUGUCUGAAUGAACUGAAGGAUCGUUCUCUAGUGGAGGAGAUCCAACAGUCCAUAAGAUAUGGUAGUCUUUCUACAAAUGAACUGUCUCCAUCUCAGUGGUCAGCUGUGGUCUUCAUCUUACUGUCAUCAGAAGAAGAUCUGGAUGGAUUUGACCUGAAAAAAUACUCUUCUUCAGAGGAGGCUCUUCUGAGGCUGCUGCCAGUGGUCAAAGCCUCCAACAAAGCUCUGCUCAGCUGUUGUAAUCUCUCAGAAAGAAGCUGUAAAGCUUUGUCAUCAGUUCUCCGCUCCCAGUCCUGUAGGCUGACUGAGCUAGACCUGAGUAACAACAAACUGCAGGAUUUAGGAGCGAAGCAGCUGUGUACUGGGCUGGAAAGUCCACAUUGCAAACUGAAAAUUCUCAGGCUCUCAGGUUGUAUGAUCACAGCGGAAGGUUGUGUUGCUUUGGCCUCAGCUAUGAGGGGCAACCCCUACCAUCUGACAGAGUUGGACCUGAGCUACAACCAUCUAGGAGACUUUGGAGUGAGGCUGCUAUCGGCUAGACUGAGAGACCCGCUCUCCACACUUGAAACUCUCAGGGUGGACCAUAGUGGUGAACAGUGGUUAAAACCUGGUCUGAGGAAGUAUGUCUGUGAUCUUGAACUGGACACAAACUCAAUAAACAUAAACCUUAAACUUUCUGAAGACAACAAGAUGGUGACAGUUGUGGAGGAGGAGCAACCAUAUCCUGAUCAUCCAGACAGAUUUGGUUGGUGGCAGCUGCUGUGUAGAAAUGGUCUGACUGGUUGUUGUUACUGGGAGGUUGAAUGGAAAGGAAGAGUUCACAUAUCUAUUAGUUACAGAGGAAUCAGAAGGAGAGGACACAGAACUGACUGCAGGUUUGGAGAGAAUGAUCGGUCAUGGAGUCUGAGCUGCUCUGAUACUGUUGGUUACUCCGUCUGGCACAAUAACACAGUUACAACCAUCUCCUUCUCCUCGCCCUCCUCAUCCUCCAUGUCUAACAGAGUAGCAGUGUACGUGGACUGUCCUGCUGGGACUCUGUCGUUCUACAGAGUCUCCUCUGACACUCUGAUCCACCUCCACACAGUCAACACAACAUUCACUGAACCUGUGUAUCCUGGGUUUGGAUUCUGGUCUUAUGGUUCCACAUUGUCUCUGUGUUCUUUGAAGAAUGAAGAAGAAGAAAACCCUUUGGACAUUUAG